CUCAACAGUACAUACAGUUUACAUCCCACAGAUGGUCUGUGUAUCUGGUUAUAUGGAGUCGGGUAGUAGGUCGUUAAAUCUGCAAAUAAAGACUUCACUCUGGUUUAAGUAAACAUGGGUGGAUUCAUUAGAAGAAUAACGAAAAGGUUCCUUCUGCUGAAUAUUGUGGGCUUGUGUGUAUUAGGAUCACUGAUUAUUGUGCAAUACCAACGCAUUUCGUCCAAGCAGAUAAAACACGUUGGCGAUGUCCUCCACAACAUGGGAGCCAAAUGGCACCAAGAUUACAAACAUUGGAAAUCAUUCAAAAAUAAAAGUUUAAUCACAAUCCAGACCCUAACUCAAGCUAAUGGCACAGCUGGGAUGCAUGCCUAUGCGAAUGUAAAUGACAAAUGUGUCAUUAAAUCAAACAAACAACAAGAGGUCCAUCUUUUACACACCAAUCUGGAUAAAUCAGAUCUUCGAUUUAUGGGAAUGAAGAGGAGACUUGAAGUUGUUGCUGAGACACCCUCCAGCCAUAGAAGAUUAGACGUAUCUGAUCGUCAUACCAGACAAAGUGGGGCUCACUUAAGGGCUCAAUGGUCUCACAGUACCUUUGUGGAAGGUCUUCCAUUCAAACUCCCUACCACUGAACAAAUACCGGGACUUUUCAACUUCUCCAUAUUGAAGGAAGAGGAAGAGAGGCAUCCUCUUAUCAAUCUGCAUCAGUAUCAGUUCACCUUGAACUCUGACCUCUGUCUGAGAGGUCACGUAUAUCUCUUAACCAUUGUUCAUUCGGCCUUGGGUCAUUACAAGUUUCGACGUCGAAUCCGAGAAACCUUUGGAAGCAUUCGUAAAGCGGGGAAUAAGACUGUCGUUCUUGUAUUCUCUGUCGGAGUUUCCGAUAAUGCAGCACUCCAAAAGAAUAUUACCAGAGAAGCUAACGAAUUUAAAGACAUAAUUCAAGGUAAUUUCAUUGAUGUUUAUCGAAAUCUGAGCAUCAAACACAUAAUGGGUUAUCACUGGAUGCUGAAUCAUUGUCCGCAAGCAGCCUUUGUAUUGAAGAUGGAUGAUGAUAUGUUUAUGAACCCAUAUGUAGUUGUCAACUAUCUCACUCAUCUGAAGGAAACGACUGAUCAGUUGAUAUGCACCAUAUUUAAAGGGUUUGUGCCAAAUAGGAAAUCAAGUAAAAAAUAUUAUGUUCCCAGAACAAUGUAUCCCUUUGAUAUGUGGCCUGAUUUCUGUCAAGGAUUUGCUUACAUUGUGUCCGUGGAUGUUUUAUCAAAGCUUUACAAUGCCUCCUCUGUGGCGCGUUUUGUUGCUAUGGAUGACGUGUACGUGACGGGGAUACUUAGAUCCAUCACUGACGUAAAGGCCACUGACUUUAGAACCCUUAAGCACUACUGCCCUGGAGACGGAAAGAUCUCAGUUUCUAGAUUAAACAGUGUUGGCGUCGUGCUAUCCUAUACUUCUCAUUUAAAGUAUGUGUUUAAAAAGUGGGAUCUGAUUGGCAUGUACACCAAUGGUUUUCACCAUUUGUCUGCGGAUGUGAAAAGUAGUUUGAUUAACUUCUGUUAGUGAAUAAAUGUUUAGGGGACAUGGGUGAUCCAGUGGGCCAAGGAGUGGUUCGUUGUGCAGAGUUGCAUCCCUUAGUCGUACAAGGAUCCGCUUGUUGUGAUUGUAAUUGAGUCAUCAAGGUAACUGAAAUUAACCACAAUAGUAAUCGUCUGCGAUCUGCGUUACUUCUGACGUUUCCACCAUGGCCCCAUUUAGCUGGCAUGCUGUGAUAUAAGUGAAAUACUGUUAAGCAGCGUCACUCGUUAACCUAGCCAACUCACUUACCCUUAAGUUUGUACGUGCCAGGACAAUAUGUAAAUGUGUGUCUGACCUGAAGGUUUAAGGCGAAGAAGGUGUUUCGCUUGUGAGAUUUUAAGUUUAACGAAUGUAGACUUCUGCAAAGUCGACACGAAAGAACUUCGAUGGAAGCAACAUUUAUCAUUAAAAAUAAUCCGUUUAUGAUUUGGAAUAUUUGUGUUUUAUACAAUGCAUUAUUACGCACGUGUACGUAUAAAUUUAACGCAGUGUGAAUUUGGUGACGUUUCGUUGAAAGAAAAACCCAAGCAGAUAGAUAAAAAUAUGUUUUGCUUAAUUAAGGAUGUAUCUUUUCUCAUUAUAGCACAUCCAUAUGGGCAAGAUAUA